UCCUUGCACAGGAAGGGGGCCAGAGGCUGCCGGGCUUCCGCACCUCCACUCCACCAGGUGGAGCCAGGGCUGGUGCCGGAGAUUCAGUGCCACCGGGGUCGAGUCCUGGGGAUGUCCACUUCGGCUGCGGAGCACUUACCCCACUUUCCUGCUCCUCACAGCCCAAGGAGGAAGGAUCUCUGAGCGCCCCUCCCUCCCGUGCACCUCAGCCCUGGCCCUGCACCCUCUUCAGACGGAAAAGGUAAGAAUUAGCACGCUCUCCCUGCCCUCCGUCACCAUGGCGCAUCUGCGAACCUGCGAAGUCCGCCAGCUGCUGCACAACAAGUUCGUGGUGGUCAUGGGCGACUCGAUCCAGCGCGCGGUGUACAAGGACCUUGUCCUCCUGCUGCAGAAGGACUGUCUGCUAUCCUCUCGCCAGCUCAAGACCACGGGCGAGCUGAGCUUCGAGCACGACAUGCUGCUAGAGGGCGGCAGGUGGGGCCCCAUGCACAACAACAUCUACUACCGCGAGGUACGCCAGUUCUGCACGGGCCACCACCUGGUGCGCUUCUACUUCCUCACGCGCGCCUACUCAGCCUACCUGGAGGAUGUGUUGUCCGAGCUGCGCAGGGGCGAACACGCCCCCGACCUGGUGGUCCUCAACUCGUGCCUCUGGGACCUCUCGAGGCAUGGCCGUCACUUCCCCACAAGGUACCGGGAGGACCUGGAGUGCCUGUUCCGACGCAUGGACCGCGUGCUGCCAGAGUCCUGCCUGCUGGUGUGGAACACGGCCCUGCCGGUGGCCAACACCGUGUCAGGCGGCCUCCUCCCGCCAGGGGCCCUGGCCAGACUGGUCCGCCUGAGCGAAGACGUGAUGGAGGCCAACUUCUACAGCUCUUUCGAGGCGUCCCGGCGAGGCUUCGACCUGCUGGAUCUGCACUUCCACUUCCGCCUCCACGCGGGCCAGCACCAGCUGCGUGAUGGCGUACACUGGGACGAGCAUGCGCACCGGCGACUGUCCCAGCUGUUGCUGGCGCACGUGGCGGACGCCUGGGGUGUGAACCUCCCAGGCCGCGACUCAGCAGCCGAGGGGGGGCGGGAGGGAACCAACGGUUCGGACCGACGUCUUGCUGCAGAGCACAGGAGGCAGCCCCGCGACAGCAGAGGUGACCCGCAGGAACCGGCUGCCUCCUGGCGCUCAGAGCCUCUCCUCCGUGGCCCGCGGCAACUUUCCAUGCUUUGCCCCCAGGCUCCAGCCUCCUUCCGGCUCUACCCAGAAGACGGCCAUUUGCCCUCCGACCCGCCCGCGCAGGAGCAUUUCAAUUUGAGCGACUCUUCCAGACGCCAAGUCGAAUAUAGCAGGGGAGUGAAUUCUAGGGCUGGCCGCGAGCCCAUACCAGGCCUCAUCCGCAGGGUCUAUACCCAGCACCCACGCCGAGUGUCGUCCCCCUACCCUGCUCAGCACCUUGCUGGGUCACAGGAACGCCUUCGCCAUCGAAGGCACUCAAGCAGACAAAUUCAGCAUGCCCAGAGCCAAGAGUAGCCAUACCUCUACCUAGGCCCCUUUCACAGCAUAUCCCCAAUGCACUGGAGCGGGUUUAACUCAGCCCUGCUGCACGUUGGACCCUUUAAGUGUCUUACUGUCACCAAGGAACAACAGGCUCACACGUUUCCCUGCCAGAGUUUCCACACCCCUGAGAGAAGACCUGGACCCGGAAGACCUCACCAUCCUCCUCUUAGCACCUGUAUGGAAAUGAACUCCACAUGGAAAGAUGUUACUCUCAUUAAAAAAAAUAAUAAGCCUUAUUGGAAUGUAUAUCUUCAAGCAGUAUCCUCCACUGCCAUUCUUCCUUUAAAAAACUAAAACAACCCAAAAGGUAAAAAAUUUGAUCCACAAUUUUUCUAUUCAGUUUCACCAUUUCUAUUCAACUUCACAGAUUUUGCAUGUGUUCAUAGAACUUGGUCACCAAACCUUACACCAUAAGUUUUCUUGGAGAUUUUAUUACUGUGUAUUUGUGGUUCAAAAUAGAAUUUGUCCUUUUAAAAAAAUAUUCACUACUCCUAAGUUGUUUUUUCUUUUUUUUUUUUUUUUACUAGAAACAAUCUUUACUCUCAGUUUCAUCAAAUGCCCAAUCUUCUUUUCACUAUAUUUUUUUGGUUUUGUGCACACUCUCCAUCCUGGAAACUGAACCCUUGGACCUUCAAACUUAGCUAUAUCCUCAGCCCUUUAUUUAUUAUUUUGUUUUGUUUUAUGUUUGUUUGUGGCCCAUUGUUGAUAUUUUGCUUUGUUUUAACUUUUUGAGACUGGGUCUCACCGAGUUGCUAACUUGCCCAGGCUGGACUUGAAUUUGUGAUCCUCCUGCCACAGCCUGUCCAGAAUGUUGGGAUUACAGGCUUGCACCACUACUCAAGGCUUAAAAUAGACUUUAAGAACAAUUUUAGGUUCACAGCAAAAUUAGUUGAAAAGUAUCAGAGAAGUUUCCAGAAACUGUGUGAUUCCACACAGUCACAGCCUCUCUACCAACAUCCCACAUCAGAUAGCAAGUUUGUUACCUUUGGUGAACCUAAGCUAGCAUAUUAUUAUCUCCCCAACUCCACAGUUUACCUUAGAGUUCACUCUUGGUAUUGGGCAUUCUACAGGUCUUGACAAAUGCUUAAUGACAUGUACCUGUCAUUAUAAUACACAGAAUAGUGUAACUGUCCUAAAAAUCCUCUUUCAUCCCUCUCCUUCCAAAUCCCUGGAAACCAUGCAUCCAUAAUUAUCUCCACAAUGCUGUCCUCUUUAGAAUGUUAUAUAGUAGUUAUACAUGUAGCAUUUCAGAUUGACUUCUUUCACUUAGUAGUAUGCAUUUAAGUUUCCUGCCUGUAUUUUUAUAGCUUCAUGGCUCAUUUAUUUUUAGCGUUGAAUAAUAUUCUUUUGUCUGGAUGUAACACUGUUUAUUGAUCCAUUCACCUACUAAAGGACAUUUUGGUUGCUUCCAAGU